CAUCGUUUUGAGCACAUACCUAUUCCUAAUCCUUAUAAAAUUGUAUUUAAAGUAUUGAAGUUUUCUCUCAAAACUAGUCGCACUAGAAGACAGCAUCGUAGUGCAUUCACAUACUGGGGAGAGGAGCCCAGUAGAAUGGAUCUUGCUAAGGAGAGGUAUGGUGGUUGUUUCUCUCAUGAAGAAGUGGAAAAUGUAAAGACAUUUCUACGUAUUGCUGCUGUUUUGAUCACUGUGUUCUCCUUAUUUGUCCCCAUUGUUCCAUUAUUGAAGUGCUCCUCAUAUUUUGUAUCACAAUUUAAGAACGGUUAUGAAGGAGAUGCUGCACUUGUCGUUUGGUUUUUAAGCAACUUCACCCCUUUGCUUGUUCUAGUCCCUUUGUUUGAACUGGUUAUUCUACCUCUCUUCUCUAAAUUAGAAUAUUUUAUAACUAAUCCAUUAAAAGGACUUGGUUUAUCUAACCUUCUCAUCAUAUUAUCAAUUGUUAGUUUAUUUCUCAUUGACUUGAUUGGAAGAACUAGUGAUGAUAUUUCUAAUAUGCCUUGCUUCUUCACAUGGGAAAAUCAACAAGUUAAUAAAACGAUUCAAACUUCCUAUUUAAUAGUACUAAUACCAUCAGUAUUAGCUGGCACAUCAUAUUUUCUCACAUGGAUAUAUUCAUUUGAGUUCCUGUGUAGUCAGUCUCCUUUUGGUAUGCAUGGAAUGAUCACUGGACUGUUCUGGUUUUUGCAUGGUAUAUUCAUUGACAUUGGAGGAGGCAUCUUAUUAAUAGUUUAUUAUAGUCCUAUCUACUCAGUCUCAUUUAUGUCAUGUACCUCAUGGUUCACUAUAAUGCUUUGUGUAAUUGCUGUCAUUGGAUUAGUGGUGUAUGUAUUAAUCGCUCGAUGGUAUGUCAAUAGGGUCAGGGAUACUGAUCUUGGUCUACGUGCAGCAGUAGAGGAACACUGGGAGAAUAGACUGAUGGCAGGAAAAGCCAUGAUUGACACUGAAUCAUCAGAAGAUUUUAUUAUUUCUAGUUUUGAUUGA